GGAGUUGAUUCCUGAGGAAAAAAAAAAAAAAAAAGACUCCAAGGUGAUUAGGGUAAUCGAUCAUAAGUAUGCUUAAUAUUGCACUUUAUUUGUAAUAUUUCAGUUUGCUUCACAUUUUUCUUUUGUCACAUUUCAAAUUAGUCUGCAAUUGACUCUUUGAAUCAAUUCCAUCGAUUUGGAAAACCUGGAAUUUUUUUUUACAGGUCGGAAACUCGUAAAUGACCCUUCGCUAAGCCCCGCCUUAAAAGCGUUUCUGGCCAAUCCUGUCUUGGCAACUGUUGUCGUCUGCCAUUUUUCUGACAAGCAUUUGCUUUUUUUUUUUCCAACAAGAGUCUACAGGAGUAAUGUGUGUUUGGGUAGUUUUAAGCUGAAUUUUAUAGAAAUGAUCAAAAAAUAAAAAUAAAAAAACAUUGUUGCUGGGUCACUUGUAAUAGAAACACGAGGUACCCAGAGAGGAUACACAGUGUUUUUUUUUCUUUUUUUAAAUCUUUAAAUAAAUCUCGAGAAGAGCAUGCUAUGGAUUAAACAGUGUCAGCCCUCAAUCCCAAAUGAACAUGAAUCACAUCAGCGAGGACACCUACAUUUGCUCCAAGGUAAAUUAAAGCUAAUAAUUUAACAUGAAUUAAUUUACAUAUUGAUUCAGGUCUAAGUAAAGGUGAUAGUAAAUAAAAGGUUCACAGCAUCAAAGUGAGUGUGUUAUGAACAGUUCUGUUCACUUACACGAAUGUUAUCAGGUGUGUAAUCGGCAUCAAAUGACACUUUUCUCUUUUUAUGUGACUGAUGAUAGUUUACCUCAAUUCUGAUUCACAAUCUCCACAGUUUUAUUAAAUUACUGUAUAAUUAAUCAAUUUCUUGUACAAAAAACGUCCGAUAAAUAUGCUUUAAAAUGUCACUCUUCAUUCCAGCUCACGUAAGUAUGUUAUCUAUUCCCUUUAUGAGAACCUUUUUUCCAAAAACUGCGCCGUUCACGGCAAUCUCCCAUUCAUUCCUAUGGGGAGUUCUGCAAAGCUUGACAGAGCGAGUGACGCUAACCAAGAGGGGCGAAGGGUCAAUGACAGUAAUUUCAACAUGAUGGAUUCAGUGGUCUCAGUUUAAAAGCUACUUCCUCUUCAAACUGGAGAAAGUGAUGGAUGAUUUUAAAGCUUCGUGUCCAGAGCAACGGGGACCUGCCAAUCCAAACGUUGAGUACAUUCCCUUUGAAGAGAUGAAGCAGAGGAUUCUCAAAAUUGUCAAUGGAUACAGUGGGAUUCCUUUCACUAUUCAGCGUCUUUGUGAGCUUCUUACUGAGCCAAAAAGAAACUAUACAGGAACAGACAAGUUCCUCAGAGGCAUGGAGAAGAAUGUGAUGGUGGUCAGUUGUGUGUAUCCUACCUCAGAGAAAAAAGGGUCCGGUUGUGUGAACCGAAUGAAUGGGGUCAUGUUCCCUGGCAACACUUCAGCUUUUCCUGAUAGAAAUGUGAAUGGUCCAGGAACACCCAGGCCACUGAACAGAACAAAACUCUCCCUGUCCAGCAGUGCAGCUACCAACGGCCUUCCUGACAGCACAGAAAGCAAAGAACAAGCCUCCGAGUCAUCAGAGAGAACAGUCAAUGAGACUUCAGAAUCAGAAGCCAAAGGCUCUCACAGUGGUCCGGUGAAGAGUAAACAUUGUGAAGAUGAGGAUGCCACAAACGCUGAGACGCACGAAGCAAAGAGGCUCAAGUUUGACAAAGAGGAAGAGGAUGAUGAUGAAGAUGAAAUGGAGAAAGAGCAGGAUGGUAAGGAUUCGCCUUGCACGGCAGUCGCAGAGAGCUCAUCGGAUGUGCCGGAGUCCACGUCGGAUGUCAGUGCAGAAGUGAAGGAUAAUAAACCUGAUGAAUUCAGCACUGAAGACCAAGAACCCUCUAGCACACAAUCGGAGUCCCUAGAAAAUGGGGAUGACAAAUCUGCUUGUGAAGAUUCACCCAGCACUUCCCACAAUCAGGAGACUGGCAGCGAAUUGGACCUACCAGAGGAGCAGCUGCCAGAGAGGGAAGAGAGCACCGAAGCUCAGGAAAUUGAGGAGAGAAAUGACCCAGUGAGCAGUAGCAGCAAUAAUAGCAGUGACGAGGGAGUGUCUAGUGCGGACACACCAUCUGCAAGCCCCAGCAGUUCCACAGAGCUGCCAGCAGAGGGCAGUAGCUCUGCAGACAUCAGUUCAGACACCUCAGAGACUGCGGAGGACACCAUGGAGCAAGACUGAAGUGCAGCCUCAGGUCCUUGAUUUUUACACUGUACUGUACAAAUCCCCAAAUCACUGAUCCUGCAACAUAAGCAGGUCCAGAACAGGAGAGGAGGGCAUUCUAGUGGCAUCCCUUAAGACCUCUUGUUACAGAUCUCCUUCUUAUGACCCUUCUUUAUAUAGGUUCUGCUCUGAAGAACACCUCCAAAAACUGGAAGCUCACCUUUUCUGUGGUUUAGUGCAUUUGUCAUUGAAUGACACGAAAGCCAUCUGGCCAUGGUGGUUUUCUGUAAUCCUGUUCUAAUCAUGGGCAUUCAUCAAUUCCACAUCAAUACCUUCUAAAUUAGUAUUGGAAAAUACCUUUCACUUCACCAUCAAUGUCUUUCCCGCUACUCUAAGCGUGAAAAUGUGACAAAUCUUUGGUUUGAGUGCGUUUGUGUUAUUGUAUGUGUGUCCUUUUAGUUGAUCCAGGGUCCUGUCAAUAAUAUCCCAGGUCCCAAGAUUCCCUUUGACUGGAAAACCAGAGUCCAAACAUUCCAGGAGAACACUCUUUUUCUCAUACUGCCUGCUGUAUUCAUCUGCUCACUUGUGGCACAAAGUGCUCUAUAGCAGCAUUAGACAGAUUUCCUUUUAUUUCUUUUCUCUUUGCAAAUUUUGUUCUAACAUUUAUUUUUAGAACCUUUGAUUUUAACUGCCUUCCCAGCGUUUCACUGAAAAUGAUUUAAUCCACUGAUGCUGUUAAAUAGAUUCUAAAAUUGACUCAUGUAAUUUUCCAUGCAUUAGAUACUUGAGUGCUGUUGGUUGUGAUAUAAUGGUAAUUUAAUAUAGUGAGCCUGUCUUUUCAAACAAGACAUCAUGUGCUUAACCACUAUUGAGCCAUCCUUAUUUGUUAUAUGCUUUUAAUUUUAUUUUUCACCAAGAAAUAGCAAACAGUUGUAUAAAGGUUUAAAUGAGUAACACUUUGUCAACAAAAAUAUAUCUUAAAACUGUACUUUUCAUGCUUCCUACAUGUAUUCAGGCUGUUCAACCCAUCCCUAUUUCCACAGCUCCUUUUUGAUAUUUAGAAUUUUUAAAUUAAAGUAGAUUUUGUAGAUUGUAAUAAGUGUUCACUGCUUUUGUGAAAAUUGAAAUUGUAUGAUAUCCAUGUGAACUGAAUGCUUGGGCUUUCAGCAGUAUUCCUGAAGAGCAAUACAUGUUCACAUUAAAAGCAGUGAUAUGCUCAAUCUAUGGCAACUGGAGAAAUUUCUAAUCUUUCAUCUGAAUAAAACACUUUGGAAGCAUAAUUCAGGUCAUAGACACAAUGAAUGGUACAUCUAGAGCACAAAUGUUUUUUUUUCUCAACUAUUCAGGUAUUUUCAGCAGGACCCAAGACUGAUAGCCACCAUGUAUUAUAAACGGGUAAUAUGUAAGUAAAAGGCAGUUAUUACAAUUAAGAGCUAGUAUUUUACAUAAAAUAAUA